GUAGCAUCGUAUAUGGACCCACUCGAUCUGUUCCACCUCGCACGGUUGUGUAGGCCGAUGCAUGUCGCCCUCAUGAAGAAGGCGAAUCGCCACAUCUGGAGGGCCGUGCUCAGGAAGUAUCCGAGCUUUCCGCCUUGUCCUAGGCAUCUCAUAGAACCGUACUAUGUCUCCCUCAUCUAUGGCCGAGAAUGCCACGUGCGUAUAUCAAGUCACUACUUCCACUGA